CGAGUCUUGUUUGUACUGUUUAGGUGGUGGCGUUCCUCUCUCCCCGACUAUUGUCUGAUAAUGUUCGUUGAAUAUUUCACACUGCUGCUCAAUAACAAUAUUCAAAGUUUGCGUUACUUUUACCGUCGAACAAUAGGCUUCGUUCAAAAUAUUAGCGAUGAAAGAAGCAGUGAUUUCUACUGGUUAGAAGCCACAAUUCAAAUCUUUUAGAAACAAAAGUGAUCCUGUCUAGUUGAAACUCUCAUUUGGAUUCUAUAUGUCUCUGUAUAAACAUCUCAUCAAAAGAUCUUUUCUAGAAAUAUUGGCAAUAUUGGCAAACUUUGUAUAUUUAGCUGAAAUACGGGGAGUUAAUUAUACAGUCAGUGAUGUCUAAGUGUCUCUCUGUAGGAACUGUGGAGCGACACGUAUGAACAAAGGAUGCGAAAUUCCUAGAUCUACGUUUACACAGUGCUAUUUCAUUAAUAAUAAUGAAGAUAGUCUUUCGAUUUCGCCUUAAUUGAAUAUAUUUUGAAUCGAAAUUUCAAAAUGUUAUAAAGCAAAAUAAGCACGAAUAAAGACAGGACCCCGAAGAUACAGAAGUAAUCUAUUCACCCCAUUGUACCAAAUCUUCCCUUACCAAAAAACACCUUACAUCUCAACGAUACGCCUAACAAUUAAAAGCAUUAAUUAUAAUCAUGCCUUCGCGACAAUUCACCUGUACGAGCCACCGCGUGCCACUCAUCCCUCGCCCUGGCUACAGUCCUUCACCCGUUGCUCGGCACAAUAAUGACAAGUGCUGGGGGUGAACCCUCGAUGGUACGCAACGCGUAUCGGCGGAAUAUCCAAUAAACCAGGAUGAACAACCGCGCGUCCGUAGGCAACACGGGGCUCAAAGAGGCUGGAAAUAGCGGCGGCGUCCAGGGAAGAAAUCUUGCCGGUGGUUGGAUAUAAUCGGUACACACGAACCGCGAUCGGGGGCGGCACGUACGAUUACCUCGCCGGGAUCGGCACUGGCACGGUUAGCCGAGCUUCGAAGUCCUCUCUCUCUCCGUCAUCUUGAGUCCUUCGAGCGUGAACGGAAAUACCCAUCGGCGUGUACCGGAAGCUCACGGCAAAGUCCUCCACCCCUUUGCCCUCCGUUUUAGAAAAGGGAUCCCUGUAGCGAUUUCUGCGGUAGCGUGACAAGAGUAGCCAACACCGCGGAAAGAGGAGGAGGGGAGUAGGGUAAAAAAAAAGAAACGCGACGAGGGCAGGGGUUGGGAAAGGCCUGUGGAACGCGAAGGGAUGGAAGAGGAUGGCAGAUAAAAGGGUAGGAAGAGAAACCGGUCGGUCUAAGGGGGGUGGGUUCGAUUCGCUGGUGGCAGAACCGGAGAGGAGAACAGUGUGGUCGGAGGAGAGGGGUGACAUUAUAUUUGCGCAGAGCUGCCCGAUAGGGCGCAGUAUCGUCGCGACCGCCGUCGCGUGCACGUCGAUUUUUCGUGCUUUUACUACGUGUUUAGACCCGCGAGUGCGUCUGCACCGAGAACGUCGCUUUCACUCCUCGUUGGUCGUACCUUGGCCAGCUUACUCUACUAGUUCUCUCGUUCUUUCCCUCUCUCGUCUACUCUCUCUUUCUCUCUGUUUACCCGCCUCUGUUCGUCUAUAUCUGUACUCUUUUUUUUUUCACGGUGUCACCAAGCGUUUCCAACGUUUAUACCAUCCCCGGAUUCCCGAUUUUCUACCGUGCUCCGUUUCGCAUAACUACGUGUCUCGCGAUCCGUGUUUAUCGCGAAUAACGAAAACAAAACAAAAAAAAAAAAAAAACAACAACACGGAGGAGUCCGCGAAGUGUCGACGGCCCGAAGAGUAACAUGACGUUUACCCGAGACGUCUGCAGAGCAAGAACAUAGAGAUAGAGUCGGACAUAUUUGCUGGGAAGGAAUAUACAUUGCUAUCAAGUGAGAUUGUUGCGAGCAGUGCUCAAAUUAUGACGAACAGACAUUGUUGAUGACGUGUGCACUAAAUUUAAGAGGGUCAACGGAGGGCCCCGGGAAUCCUUGAAAGACAAUAGAAGGAACCCAACGGAGAAAAGGAGAAGGCGAAAACUGUCCGUGUGAUCCUGCCGAAUAGAGGUCAAUGGAGCCAUCCUGAUGCAGGCUGCAAAACUACGUGGGGAUUACCCGUCGUUGUCAUCGGGCUGAUUUCAACGGUGAGCAGGUGGCGAUUCCACCUUCGGGUGGAAGCGCCGUUUUCAUCACCGCCAACGGCGAAUAGUACAGCCACUUCCGCUUCCUCCACCCCACGUGGCCGAACCAUUACCUGAUAAGAGCUGGAGAAGCGGCCGCAGCCGCAGCCGCCUCGGAGCUCUGAGGAGCUGGAGGAUCUGCACAAGUUAUUGCACUUCCCCGAGGAGGUGGCGCUCAGGUUGACGGAGACCGAAUACCAGCUGUUCUACCAGGUACCGCCCCAGGAGUACCUAAGGCACGUGGCACAAGAUCAGAACACGCAGAAACCACCUGCCAGGCCACCCCCGUCGCCGAGUCACAGCUUCAGCACUCCCAGCACCGCCAACAGCUCGACCCAGACCGAGGAAGAGUCGAAUUGGCCUGUUCCCAACAUUUUUUCUUCCGUUCAGACACUCAUCAAUCGCUUUAACGAGGUGAGCUCAUGGGUCACCCAAACGAUACUAAACGGCGCGACGAUAGAAGAAAAACAGGCAGUGCUGUCCUGCCUUCUCCGAGUGGCUCAGACCUGUUGGAACAUUGGAAACUUUAACUCAGCCAUGGAAAUUGUUGCCGGCCUCAAGUCCAACAAGUUAAAGCCAUUUUGGCAUAGCGUGAACGAGCCCAUUCCAGUUUUGGAAAACCUCUCCUCCGCCCUGUUGUCUCCUGAAUAUGACUUCGCCCUCGCUCGCGCUUUAGCGAUGCCAGAAUGUCCUGUGAUACCGUUCUUCGGAGCCUUCCUGCGGGAAUUGCGGGAAGUCAUCGCUUCCGAGUCCAAGUCUCAGCAGGGCUGCAAGGACAAUCGGGAAUCCUCGCGCAGCAGAGAUACGGAUUCUGAAAACGUGUCAUCCUCGGGCCAUUCCACGAAGAUCACACUGGAUAGUAUCACGGAAUCGCCAUCGGAAUGUAACUCAAGAAAUAGUUCCUUGAAGAAACAGGAUAACACUCCUCUCCGUGAUACGAACUCCAUCCUCGAGAAAGUUGCCGAAUUUCAUAAGCAUCGACAUGCUCGAGGCAGAGAUGCCACAACUGGUUCGCUCCAUCGCACGCUGAGCAUCCAUACGACCGCGAUCGAGCAAACCUACAUGGCUGAAGAAUGCGACGAAAACGACUACCACCUUGAUCUCGAUUCCUACAAGCCGGUGCAGCCAAUCGCAAUCGACCAUGGGGUUGCGUUAUUUCCUGUUGCUGCUCCUCACUCCGGAAUGGAUCUGCAUCUUCUCCAGAUGCUGCACCAUGGAACAACCUUGGUGCAUUGGGACUCCGAAAGCGGUACUACGAGGACGGCCUUGGUAUUCGCGCGAGUAGAUCGUGCUUGUGGUACCUUCGUUUGGGAAAAGCCACCUUGGAGUCCCCUGAAGACUGCUCAGAUCGGCGGCGCAGCCUCCACGGAUUUCUCGCUAACUGCCAAUCCAGAGGACGUGGUACCAGCCGGUUUAUCAACGAGAUAUGGGACUCAACAGUUGGAGUGCGCUUCCGUGACCCUGGAAGAAGGAGUUUUGGACCUAAGCCUGGUCAAGGAAGUGAUGAUCGGCUGCUGUGAUCGCGACAGAGAAACCGAUCUCAGAAGCAUCUGCAAGAGGUACGGUCUACCUGGAUCCGACUCGUGCAUCGGCCUCAUGUACGGCUCAAGCUUGCCGGACAAUCGACUGAUCUUUAUCCUUUGCCCUCCUGCCCUUAGCAAAAUUUGGUACAUGGGUCUCUGUUGGAUAUUGCGAGGCCUGAAACGACAACAACAAUUAACGGACCGUAGGUCACGGUGGUUGAAAGAAAAAUACCUUCAGCUUUAUUUCGAAGAAGCUUGCCUUGAGCCAAUGACUGCGGACGCUAUAAGAGCAUUCGGCGGUCGCGAUUGGUCGAUGACUGAAAACAUUGGGACACUUUCGCCAACGAGUAGCACCCUUCGUAAACGAACCAUUAACGUUAAGGGGAAAAAAACGAAAUCCAUUGGCAAUAUUCAUGCAUUAACAAAGGAUUUGAGCCUAAAACAGUACGACUCUUCAUCCUCGGAUGGAGCCUUGUCAGCGGCCCCUCUUCGGCAGAUUACGGGCAGCAGAGAAUCCUUGACGAAAAUCAUACCGGCAUCUCCACGGUCUAGCAGAGAUCGAGUUCCCCCUCGCAGCCCCCCCGCUACUGCUGAACGAAUUCUUAGCUCCAACUUGCCUUACUCCAGCUUUCAGAGCCUACUAUGCGUCACCAGAGAGAAGGACAAAAACGGAUCCGGAGUGUCGAGCGGAAUGGAAGCACCGUGGCAAGUGAAGUCACGCACAACUUCUAUAAUGUACGAAACUCAGUUAAACUUCGUUGAGUUCGUCGCACUGUUCCGUUCGUUCAGCCUGAGAGCCCGAAAGGAUCUACGGGAUCUAUUCAGCCAACUAGCGAUCACUUGCCGCAGCCAGAGCGACGGUUCCUUGAGAGACUUCAAUAUACGUCCGCCGGUGUUGAGGCAAACCAGCGAUGCGACACCUCAAAGAAUCGGUCUCCUAACGAGAAACAACUCCAUCGACUGUCACGAGUACAAAACCAGUAGCAACCUUCAGAAAAAACAAGUUUUCGACGCAGUCGCUGCCGCUAGCAUCGUUAAUAAUUGUUCCGGCGUAGACACUUCUAAAUCGCAAGUGAUCACUCUGACGACGUUCACAAAAUUUUUGGAGUCACGACAACAGGAGAAAUUAACCGACGAUGAGAUUAAGACACUCGUUAAGCGACACGAACCGGACCCAGCACUACGUACACAAUGGUGUUUGUCUUUCGAGGGCUUUGCGAGGUACAUGAUGGACAAGGACAAUUAUGCUUUCCCAAACGAGUAUGCGACGCCGUCCGAGACUGAAAUGCAACAGCCAUUGUCCCAAUAUUACAUCGCCAGCUCGCACAACACCUAUUUAACUGGGCAUCAACUGAAGGGGGAAUCUUCAGUUCAGCUUUACUCCCAAGUACUGCAAACAGGAUGUAGAUGCGUAGAACUCGAUUGUUGGGAUGGCGAUGACGGGUCUCCUGUCAUCUAUCAUGGGCACACCUUCACUACCAAGAUACCGUUCCGUUCAGUCGUAGAAGCGAUUGAUAGAAGUGCUUUUGUAAGCUCCCCUUACCCCGUGAUUCUCUCCAUUGAGAAUCAUUGUUCGCAGACUCAACAAGCUCGAAUGGCUCAAAUCUUCCAAUCGGUUUUCGGAGAGAAAUUAGUCACAAAAUUCCUGUUUGAGACCGAUUUCGGCGACGAUCCUCAGCUGCCAUCGCCAUCUCAGUUGCGCUAUAAAAUACUAAUCAAAAACAAGAAACUAGUGAUGGAUCCCACCGGCCCCCUAGCGCACCCUCCCUUGAGUCACCGCGGAAAAAUGCUGAUGUCCGAUCGUGCAUCGUCUAUGAAACAGAUGCGCACCGAUGUGAGCACUGCAUCGGUCGUUGAAUAUUUCAGCGAGGACGAUGACGACGAGGAAGACGACGACGAGGACGAUAAUAUCGAUGAUAACUCGAUUUCCAGUUACGAGAGGUACUUGGGCGGAAUGCAGGUGCCGCACGGUCGAUUAAAGUCGGAUUCUGCGGUCGAUGACAAGUCGCAGAAGCAAAGCAGCCAAAUUGCCAAGGAACUAUCGGACCUGGUGAUAUACUUGCAGGCCAUUAAAUUCCGUGGAUUAAACACGACGCCGGGGAACGCUGCGACUGGAAAAGCGCGCCAUCAGCCGCACAUAGGACCCGUCCAGAGGCAUAGUAUCGCAGGAAUUGGAACCAACACCAUAGCUGGUGCUUCGGGAUCACCGCAGUCAUUAUCGACAUCAGCUUCGCUAGCCAGCGGUGGCAGCAACAUUGACAAUCUCUUCAGGUCCAAUCGCGGAGUACCUGCCUGCUUCCAGUGCUCCUCGUUAAAUGAAAGUACAGCCAAGAAAAUCUGUAGGAAACAGCCGUUGGGCGUUGUUGCUCACGCCGAGACCCAGUUAAUUCGAACCUAUCCAGCUGGAAUGCGUAUCGACUCCACGAACUUCAAUCCAGUAAUCUUCUGGGCCUUUGGCAUUCAAAUGGUGGCGCUAAAUUACCAAACCGACGAUGCUGGAUUGAACCUAAACGCUGCCAUGUUCGAGCAAAAUGGACAGUGCGGAUAUGUCAGGAAACCUUCGGUGAUGUGGGACAAGGGCCACAUGAUGUACAGACGCUUCAAUCCAUGGGACAAGGAGUUCGACGGGCUGCACUCGGCGCAUUUAACUCUGUCGAUAGUCUCUGGCCAGUACGUUUCCCCAACGAAUUUCGUCGCCAGUACCUACGUUGAGGUCGAGCUGGUCGGCAUACCGAUCGACUGUGCCAAGCAUAAAACAAAAGUAAUACAGAACAACGCCCUGAAUCCGAUCUGGAACGAAAAAUUCUGCUUCCAAGUGAUGUUCAAAGACCUCGUAUUUCUGCGCUUCGGUAUCGUCGAGGCGAGCUCCCACCAUUUGAUCGCUCAAAGAGUCAUCCCUCUGAAAUGCCUGAGGCCUGGCUACAGGCACGUUCGUUUACGUUCUUGCAAAAACAAACCGUUAGCUCUGUCAACCCUCUUCAUUUACUCUCGUUUGGAAGAGGAAAGCCUCGACUACAACACUUGCUGUCGCGACCGCAAGGAGUCAUCGAAACGUCCGUUAUCAGGCAAAGAGCCAGAAAAACUGACCACCGUGGAUCCCGGAUUGGGCGGGGUAACAUUGAAGAGGAGAAUGUUUUUCUUAAUGGUUUACCACGUGAUACCGGACGAGCCGUACACUAUUUUAAAAGUCACCCAAGAGAGCACGACACAAGAGGUGAUGCUACAAGCUCUUCAGAAGGCUGGGAUAUCCGCGGACCGCGUCGACGAGUACAUCCUCGUCGAGGAAGUGUCCCGAGGCUGGGAAAAGAGAGACAGAGAGGAACUGCCGACCCAACGCGUGCUGGAUCCAACGGAACAUCCUCUGCAAGCGCAGGCUCUGUGGAAGGGCCAGGGACGUUUCCUGCUGAAAAGAGUGGGCGACGAUCCCAGCAGCAGAGCCUGGCUGGCGUCCAUCAGAAGCACCGCGGGUCACUCGAAGCUCGAUUCCGAUAGGGACACGUCCACCCACAUAUGGGACGAAGCCGACACCUUCCUAGUUUGCAUUUACAACGUCUCACCCGAUAUACCUUACGCGAUUCUUCGAGUUCCCGUCAGCAGCUCCGCCCAGGACGUCCUAGCGCAGGCUUUGGUGAAAGCUAGAAGAAUGGAGGACCCGAUGAAGUUCGCUCUGGUCGAGGAGCUCGAGUGGGGCGGCACCGGGGCCGUCGGAAGCGGCAAUCGUCAGCUGAGAGUCCUGCGCGACGACGAAAACGUCUACAGCACCCAAGCCUUCUGGAAAACCCUUGGGAGAUUCAUUUUACGCGAACGAGAACAGGCGAUACCCAGGCGACACCUGCUGCCAGCCACCUUGGACAGACUCAGUAAGGGUUUUUCUGUUGGGAGAUCGGUUUCCUUGCCAGGUUCCAGCAAGGAAAAGGUGCCUGUUUCAGAAGCGCUAUCUGAUCCGACUUCCAGAGGCCUCAGGCAUCGCCUGCUAAUGUCUGGCCGCAGGAGGGAGGUCCACUCCGAUGGCGAAGACACCCGCGAGUCCGACAUACUGAACGCGGCCCUUCACUUGAAGAAAGUGUCGCUUAGAAAGCUAAGGGUUUGGAGGUCAUAGUGGCAGUCACGGGCGACGUCGAUAUCAUCGAUCUUCGCCGCUCGGAGAAACGAAUCGUAAGUUAACGAGACCAGAUCAUUGCAUUUGAGACGUAGAAAAAUGUAACGAGGCCGACUGUUUGGCUCGAGGGAUCUCGAGGAUCAUUCGCGUCCACUCUAGAGAGCUUCGUUGGCCAUCAUUUGGAACACCGACGCGCAACCGAUGGAAAUAAAUUUAACGUAAAAAUAACGGAAGCCUAAUUAUAUGCGACACCACUUCGAUACGCACGAUCCGAGUCUUCGCAUCAUCGCUUGGAAACAAACCAUUAUUAGUAAAUAGUACGAUUGGUUGAUACAGAGUUUGAUUGGACGUAAUGUCGUAUAAUAGAUAUUCGAAAUUGGACAGCCUCCGAGGUGAAACGAAACGAACCCAAAUUAUGUUCAACUGAUCUUAUCGAUAGCGUUUGAAGUGAAAAAUUAUAUGAUUAUUUUAUGUGCUGUUAUCUACGUAGCUUCAAAUCGUUCAAUUCCAAUGACUAAAUUAAUAGUUGUGUACAUAUCCGCAGGUAGUCUUGGAUGUUUCGCUGAAAGCGAAUUUUAUAAUAGUAUCUUUCGCCAGUCUCGAUUUUCACGAUCGCCACACUUUUCUAGUCAUUAUUGAUACUGUAACAACGUACAAAUGGUAAUCUUCAAGAGAACGAGUUCCUCAAUGAGCACACGGAGCCACUGAAUUCGACACUUCCCAAAGGACUUUCUCGAAAUGAUACGCAGAGAUAUUUUUCAUCGCGAAGGUUUAGUUCGAUCGAUCGGUUCGUUUGGUUGGUAGAUUAACACAAACCCUGUUUUCCAUAUUUUUGUAUACACGUGUACAUAUUUUUAAUCUAAACUAUAUAUUUUAAUACAUGUAUAUAUUUGUAUUUAACGGAUACAUUGUAUUCAAAGAAUCUGUGCGCAAUACCACAGGAGGGGCUUCGCUAAAUUCAUCAGCGAUCGAAAGAGUUUCACGGCACAGAUUAAGAAAAAAAGAAAAAGAAAAAGAAAAAACAAAA